AUGGUAGAGUGGUUUAUCANUUUGAGUUAUAGGAAGUAUAAUGAUGUUUCUGAUAUUCGCACAUUAGAAAAUAAGCAAUAUUACAACUUAAAAAACAAACAAUAUUAUAGGUAUCCAAAGAACCAAGGUGAAAGUUUUACAAUUUGCAGGAAACUUAUGUAUCCAUUAGAAACUCUUCACAGUAGUCCAAAUAUAAGUACAAAUACAUUAAAAGAAGUGCCUUGUGGACUUAUCAAUAAUAACUUAACACAGAGCAAUUCUACUGGUCAUGAAGGUAGCUAUGAUGCUUCUGCUGAUCUCUUUGGUGAUAUUGAUAAAGAAAUGGACAUUACAACAGAAAUUAUAGAAAAAUCACAGUAUAUUUUGUCUUUGGCAGAAAGUCAUCCUGCAGAAUCUGAUUUUUCACUGAGAUCACCUGAAAAGUCCAGCCAGCCUUCACAAAAAUUAUCUUUGCAAAGCAUAUCUGUCUCUAGGUUUCCAAGAAUAUGCUCUCCUCCACCUCAUUUUCAGUCAGAUUCAGAACAUGAUUUUGAAGAUAGCCAAGACUUUGUUCCAUGUUCACAGUCAACUCCAGUUGCAGGAUUCCACCAAACAAGAAUUCAUGGGGUGAACAGAGCUUUCAAAAAACUACCUGCCUUUUAUUCAGAUUUUGAUGCUAACUGUAAAACAAAGAUUUCUCCCGAAUAUGACAAGCGAGCCACCCCAAAUUGUCCAAAAAAUAUAAAAACACCCAUCCAGAGAUCCAGAAGCCCUAUUAUAGUUGAUAUUGCACAACCAGAGGCUUUAAACCACAGUCCUAUUGCUGAGUGCCUUGAAACUGAUGGUGAUGAAUUGGUCCCUCCUACCACAAAGAAAGUAUUUCUUUCAGAUAUGCCUGGAUUCCAAGUCACCGGUCUUAGGAAAUGCCUUGGUGCCCAUAAUUCUCCUAAUGAAAAAGAACUACCAAGAAAGAAACUGAAACAUGUCAGACAAAGAACUGAUAAAUGUGUAACUAAUGAGUUAAAUUUAAACAAUAUGCUCACAGCAAGAGUUACAAAACAGAAAACUCCUAAAUAUAACUGUAAAAGUUCAGGCUGGAUUGCCAAAGAGUCAAUUCUUGGACUCGAUUCUUGUUCAGAUCCUGUAAUUACUGCAUUCCUAGACUGUGAUCUCUUUCAAUGUUGGCUGCACUCAGGAAGUAUAGGCAAGAGGCCCAUGGGUGGAGCAAGAAGAGUGGUUUCAUUUGUGCAAGAAAUGUCCAUCCCUCCAUCAGAAUGGCUUAAGCCCAAACCUGAGAGCACAAUGUCAUUAGCAAUUGGAAACAAGAAAGGAUACUGA